AUGCGGGCCUUUGGCCAGGAUCCCGCAGUAGGGGGACAGGGCUGUGCUGCCCGCAGAGGCCCCCCCAGCAGGCUGUCAGCUGCCUUCCUGCAGAUCUCCGCCCAGACAGCCCAGGAACUAUGGCCGCCCAGGAACUAUGGCCGCCCGGUACCUCGCAGGCGGCCCCUGCCCCCAGCUCAGGAGCCCAGGGCAGACCUGGUGGCUCCUCCCGGUGGCGAGGGUGGUGACAGUGACCGCAGCGCCGGCACAGGAAGCGGGCUGGGCCUGGCCAGUGAGCAGCAGACCGGGAAGGAGAAGCGGCCUGGUGCCGGGUGUGCCGACUGGAGGGUCUCGGAACGGGCGGGGGUACCCGGAGCCGCAAUCCCCACCCCGAGGCCGCUCGAUCGCGCCCCGUCGCCACCAGCCCCGCCGCCCACCAGGCCCGGGGCUGCGCAGCAGCCCUCGGAGCGGCCGCGGGAAGCGGCUGACCCUGGAGAGGCCCCGCGCGGGGCGGCGAGGAGGCCGGGCGCGCGGCUGGCGCACCGCCCCUCCCAGCCGGCGCGGGCCUGCGGGCCUGGGCGGACCGGAGCCCACUCCGGCCGCGCGGGCCUGCCGGCGCCGGAGAUCCAGCGCACUCCGCCGGCCCGGUCCGGCCGCAGAGCCCUCCCGGCGGCGCCGCCGCGAACUUUCUCCCUGCCCGGCCCGGAGGAGGCGGCGCGGCCCCGCGAGCGCGGCGGGCAGGGUCCCAUCCCGGCCCGGCGGGGACGCGCGGGCUCGGCGCCGCGGCCGCGCCCGGACACGCGUGAACUGGGCCAGAGACGCAGGGACACGCGGGGCGCGGACACGCGGGGGCGCGGACACGCGCGCCGCCGCCCCCCGCGCGACCCCCGCCCGCCCGCAACCCCGCGGAGGCCGCCCCGCGCCCGGACCCCGGCUCGAGGCCGCCCCACGCCCAGACCACCGUGGGACCCCCGCCGGACCCCCGCCCGCCCCGCUGCGGGGAAAGUUGCACCCCUACUCACGGGCUGCCCCGGGGCGCGCCCGCCGCCGGCCAUCGCCGCCCGCCGCCCGCGCUGCCGUCCGCCCCGCCCCGCCGCGGGGCCGCCGAAGCCUCGCAGGCCACCCAGGCCGAGGCCGCCGCGCCCGGGAUCCACUGCGUGGCCGCCGCCGCUGCCCAGCAUGAAUGGGGCGCCAGCCGCGCGGAUGCGGACCGGCCUCGCUCUCACCGCCCGCGGAGCGUCGCGCGCAUGCGCCGCCCGGGCGGGCCGGGCCGGGGCGGGGCCUGCGCGGGGGCGGGGCCUGCGCGGGGCGGGGCUCUCGGGGGCCUCCAGGGGGCGCUCGAUCCCCGCCGACCGCCCUAGCCCAUCGCUCGCUUCAAAGGGCAACGCCGCUGCCAGGAGCUGCCGGAACCUGGUCCAGAUGCGGCCGAGGACGGCGGUUACGGCUCGGGGUCCUCAGGGGGCGGCGGGGCGUGGGGCGCGCGGUCCGGGACGAGGCCGGCGGGCUGGCACGGGGCCGGGCGGCGGGGCGACGCGGGGCGGACAGUGGGUCCGGGGGGCGCGGGUCCGAGCUCGCCUGGGCGGCUGGGCAGACGCGAUCCCCGUGGCCGCGCUCCCGCAGCGGUUCGCGCGCCCCAGAGCCGCCCGAAGGCCCAGCCCUGCUGUCGCCACCACCUCCGGAAGCAGAGCUGGCCCCGUGGACGAGCAGGUUAGAUGGCAGAUGUCCCACCGGCAGAGACCCCGCAGGUGUCCUGGGGCUGCCCUGCCGCCGCCACCCCCCCCCCCCCCAGCCGCCCUCGUCUCCUGGUCUCCAGGCUCAGAGCUCAUGUCACCUCCUCAGGGACACUACCGGCUCCCGGGUUUGCAGGCCAUCCCACAAGAGCCGCCUCAGGACCCCUCCCUCUCCCUCUCGGAGGUGACACAAGUGGAAGCACCCAGUUCCGAGGCAGACACGCCAGGCGCCCCCCUCUGGCUGCCCCGGAGCCCUCCAGCCGGCGCUGGACUCAAGCUCCGCCUGUCAGGAAGCUGGCCCGCUCCCCUGCUGCGUCCCGACGAGGAGCUGCUCCCCUCGCGCACCUCCGCCUGCUCUGGGCGCGGCCAGGCCCGCACCCGCCUGCCCCACUGGCGCCGGCGGGUGCCCGUCCUCCAGCCUGACCUGGGGCCGCGCUCCGGGCACGGAGGCGGCAGCAGGCCCGCCUGGCAGCCCAGACACGACUGA